UAAAACAAGAAAAUUAACCAGUGUAGUGAGUUGCUUGGUCUCGCGCAUUUUAUCGGCUCUGUUUUCAUUGCAAACUUUGGUAAAAAUGUCAAAACUAGAUGUUUUACAUUCUAAAUUGGUGAGGCGUAUGUCAGCUGUCAUUCGCGAUAUAUUAGAGGAGGUGGGAGCGACGAUGAAGGAUUUUCAGGAAGAAACAACCCGCGUGCGAACAGAAAACGCAAAGAUCAAACAACAGCUAAGGGAUGUGUUGAACAGGACAGAGACACGUCUAAACGUACAAGUCCACCAUGUCUCUCAGCAUGUUUCUGAUGAAGUCUCAGCCACAGAAUUACCAGCACGUGGGUUUGGGUCCCAAAUGGAAUCUGAAGACCAGGCUCAGCAAACAGAGACCUAUGGUCCGAGUCAAGAUUCAUCUAGUGAAGAGAAGCCACGCUCACAAGAUUUGAUUUCAGUCUGCAAGACAGAGGCAGAGGAAAUGGAGUUAAUGUCCUUACCUACUGUCAGAACAGAGAACAUUAAGAUGGAGCCAGAGGACACUAUCAUCACAAUAACAUCAGUAACUACUAAGUGUAACGACUCCGAAACCAAUCACCAGCUAAGAACAGCCUAUGACGUUUCAACCACGGCGAGGAAAAUACGGGGAAGGCAGUUCCAUCACACACGACACUCCAAACCGAGGAAGGUUGCCAAAAAAAGGGCAAAAGAAGAUGGGUACUAUAAAUGUAGCAUGUGUGGAAGGCAUUUGAAGGACUUGGCAAAGCUGCAAUUGCACAUGAGGAUGCAUGAAAAGUCCUACAGCUGUCAUUUGUGUGGCAGAGACUUUUUGAAGUUUGACUAUUUACGGAUGCACAUGCGCACACACACAGGUGAGCGGCCUUACCGUUGCAAGUGGUGCUCAAAGACCUUCAGCCAGAGUGGCAAUACGAGAAGACAUGAGCGUACGUGCCAGAGAUCCACUGUAGAAAAAACAGUGCAAACACUAGAAGAGCCUUCCCUGUUCCAGGAAAUAAACAAGGUUGACACUGAUUCCAACACUCUUUGACUAAAAAAACAGUGCAAACACUAGAAGAGGCUUUCAUGUUCCAGGAAAUAAACAAGGUUGACACUGGUUCCAACACUCUUUGACUAAAGAGUUUUUAAUACUGUUCCGUGACAUUUCUUGUCGUUUGUGAUUACUGGAUAAGGAUUCUCACUAAUUAUGUCUGGUGAGGAUUUCCAGUUAUGUUAGCUACUGAUCCUUGGAAUUAAUAGCUUUAAAUGAUCUUGCACAUUAGUUAACAAAUAUAUCCAGUAAGAAAAAAAAUUUUUAGUAUAGAAUGCAGCUCAAUGGACGAUUCAGCUUUUCUCGUUACCCUUACCACAUGGCCGUCCAUGUGUAAGCGGGGCCACCUCAGAAGUGAUCACUGGCUGUUGGGUGGUGGUCCCACGAUAGUCAUCACCAUCUGGGGUGGUGGGGCCGAUAUGUUUGCCGAUACGUUUGCCUGGUUGCACUGCCCUAAUGACGGCCAUGCCAUUUGAAGACCAUUUUGUGGUAAAAAAAUGUUUUUAUUUACUACAGAAAUGUCCAUGACUUUUUACAUUUUCUUAAUUUCCAUGACUGAUACCAUGCUUUCCAUGGCCGUAGGAAUCCUGUUGAUAAGGAGAGGUCUAAUUAAAUAUUAGGCAAGGCUCAAUGGUAUGUGUAUACAAAUUAUUACAAAUCAAUAUGGUAGACUGCACACAAAAAUUUACUUUAAAAAAGAAAUUACACAGAAAAAUUGUCAUAACACCAACAUCCCAUUUAAAAGGCUGUAUCUCAGUUUUAAAACAAUGAUGUAAAUAUGGGUAUUUUCCACUGUGUAACCACAAAUAAUUGACCUGAUUAGAAGUAAAUGAACUUUCUUUUGACAUUAUUAACUGUUUGUAUCUGAGAAAAAUGUUUAUAUGGUUCAUUCUUGCUAUUAAAUGGAUUUUGAACCAG